AUUUUGAUUUUGAGCUUUUUUUUUCUUUUGGCUGAGGAGAAUGGAGAUGAAACUCAGAGCGGUUGUGCUGCUGGAGAUACAUUUGCUCUUCGUGUUCUUCUUGCACGGACAGUCUGCAGAUAACGAGAAUGUAAUUGAUCUUGUGGAAGCACUAAACCUACCUCACCGAAAAAGUGCGAGCAGCGGCAUGAUCUACAAACUACGUAACAGAGCACCCCACCUGACACUUUCCGCAGAAUAUUCUCACUUCCUGUACUCCAACCUUCAGGGUAGCAUGGGUGUUCAUGUGGUGGGGCGCCAGGCGCCUCGAUCCACUGCCACCAUCUUUUCUCUUUCGUCUGCAUCUUCGCCUAUUCUCCAGAUCAUCUCUUCCACUGUCAAUAACACCGUGCGUGUGGACUACCAGGUUGAAGGAAGAGCGCACGACUUUGCCAGCAUUAACCUUCUGGACACAAACCCUUUUGCAAGUGAACAGUGGGGUCAUCUGGCUGUGAGCCUGGAACCUGACAGACUGGUAUUUUUUGUGGACUGUCAAGAAGCUGCAGUUUUUCCGAUAGAAAAUGAGAACAGGAUCAACCUAGAACUGCCUCAAGAUGUUCUCAUCACUCUUGGCAGCACAUUAGGGAAGAGAAGCAGUAAAUUUAGUGGAUAUUUGAAGGCAGCAGAAAUUUCAUUGAAAGCAUAUCCAAGACGCCCAUGGAGCUGCAAUCUUAGAGAUGCACAUGACCCAGAUUCCCAGACUGACUCCAGCAAACCUCACAAUGAUUUACCCAGUAAACUUCAAACAAACCACAGAUCACAGGACCAAACCAGCUAUCAUCCUCAGGAGAUCCAGAGUGAUCAGAUGCAGGGAGCCGAGCCUCCUCGAGGUGAUAAUUCUGCUUCUCAGGAACAGAAAGAUGAGAGACUGAGGAAGCUGGAGAGACAGAUGACAAAGCUGACUCGUGAGUUGGACAUCGUAAGAGAGCAGAACGACAACCUACAAAAUCGUGUAAAAUUCCUGGAGUUGUGUCUGAAGGACCAUUGCAGAGAAGGGGUCCAGUCAGAUUGUCCUUUUCACAAUGGGUCCAACUGUAAUGAAGAUCGCUGUCAGACAAGAGCGUGUAAUGAGGAUAACAGGCAGUGCCCUCAACAGCCAUGCGCUCCUCAAAACUGCCCACAGGAAAAUGUACCUGACUGUCAGAGAAGAACAUGUAAUGAGGAUAACAGGCAGUGCCCUCCACAGCCGUGCCCUCCUCAACGCUGCCCACAGGAAAAUGUACCUGACUGUCAGACACGAACGUGUGAUGAGGAUAACAGGCAGUGUCCUCAACAGCGAUGCCCUAAUCAAGACUGCAGAGAGGAGAAUGUACCUGACUGUCAGACAAGAACGUGUAAUGAGGAUAACAGGCAGUGCCCUCAACAGCCAAGCCCUCCUCAAAACUGCCCACAGGAAAAUGUACCUGACUGUCAGACACGAACAUGUGAUGAUAACAGGCAGUGCCCUCAACAGCCAUGCCCUAAUCAAGACUGCGCACAGGAAAAUGUACCUGGCUGUCAGACACAAACGUGCAAUGAGGAUAACAGGGAGUGCCCCCCUCAAGACUGCCCACAGGGGAAUGUACCUGGAGGCUGUGCCCAGCAAAUCACAGGUUGCACCCAUUCUGGUGUAAAUUAUAACAAUGGAGACUCUUGGAGGUCGGUGGAGAGUCCUUGUGAUAUCUGCCAGUGUUUGGACGGAUAUGUUCGCUGUGAGAGGGAGCAGUGUUACACUCCCUGUAGAAACCCUACUGCUCCUCCUCCAAAUACCUGCUGUCCAGUCUGUGAAGGCUGUGAUGUGAAUGGACAUGAAGUCCCUAAUGGAGCUGUGAUCCCUGUUGGAGACCCCUGUGAAGAGUGUAGAUGUGAGAAUGGAAAUAUGGUGUGUUCACGCGUUCGCUGUCCUGCUCCGUCUUGUCACAAUCCAGUGUAUCAUGCUGGGGAGUGUUGUCCACGAUGCGAGCAGUGUGAAUAUGAGUCUGAAGUGUAUGUGAAUGGAGAGAGGUUCACCUCAAAGAGAGACCCCUGCCUCCAAUGCUACUGCUCUGCAGGUCAAGUGUCAUGUGUAGCUGCAUCAUGUCCUACACCACAGUGCACUCAUCCAGCUAGGCACAGAGGAGAGUGUUGUGCCACAUGCAAUGAGUGUGAGUAUGAACAGAGGGUGUAUGCUGAUGGGGAAAUCUUCAGCCCUUCUGGGGGUGGACCCUGCCUGCAGUGCAGGUGUAAGAGUGGAAAUGUAAUUUGCAACGAAGAAAAGUGCCCUCCUGUCCGCUGCUCCAAUCCGAUUAGACACCCACAUCUUUGUUGUCCAGUCUGCAAAACAUGUGAACUGGAUGGAGUGGAAUAUGAUGAGGGGUCCAACUGGCAGCCUGAGGGUCCUUGUUCCAGCUGCACCUGUGUGAAUGGAGAGGCCUUAUGCACACGCACACAGUGUGCUGCCAACAACUGUCUGCAUCCCACCAGGAUUACUGGCUCCUGUUGUUCAGUCUGUGACAGCUGCACUUAUAACCAACGUGUCUAUAGCAAUGGUCAGAGUUUCGCGACCCCUGACCAACCUUGCCACACCUGCACUUGUCUGCAUGGCACUGUUCAGUGUGAGAGACAAUCUUGUCCUCAGCUUAACUGCAGGGACUCCUACACCCCACCUGGAGACUGUUGCCCCAGAUGUCGAGACUGCUCCUAUGAAAACCGUGUGUUUUUGAAUGGAGAUGUUUUUCCCAACCCCGUGAGUGUGUGUGAGGAGUGCACGUGUGUGAGUGGAAGGAUUGACUGCCAUCAAGCACAAUGUUCUGAGCCUCGCUGUAAUGCACCGAUGCCUGGGCAGUGCUGCCAGAACAACUGCAAUGGCUGCAGCUAUGCAGGGAAAGAAUAUUCCAAUGGACAACAAUUUCCCCAUCCUACUGACUCAUGCAGGACAUGCAGCUGCACUAAUGGAAAUGUCCAGUGUCUGAUGAAGAGGUGUCCACCACUGACCUGCUCUAACCCUCAUGUGAUACAAGGAGAGUGCUGUCCCCAGUGUCCUGCUCCUCAGUCAGACUGUGUGUAUGAACAAAGCUCUUACAGUCACUUGGAGCAUUUCAGUGACCCCAAUAACGACUGUCGAUCAUGUGCCUGCACCAACGGGACAGUUCGCUGUAAGCGAAAGCGCUGCCCGUUCGCUCACUGUUCUCACCCCAUCCAACAAGACUGCUGUCGGAGCUGCGAAGGCUGCUUAUAUGAAGAUCAACAGCGCGUUAAUGGGGAGAUGUGGGAUAACCCAUCAGAGCCAUGUGUUGAGUGUGCUUGUCGUGACGGCUCUGUCCAGUGUCAGAGGAAACGUUGUCCUCCCUCCAACUGUAAACACCCAGUCCAGAGAGAUUGCUGCAUGUCCUGUGGUGGCUGCAUGUAUAAUGGUAGAGAAUAUCUUGACGGCACUGAGUUUCAUGAUGGCAGCGACCCCUGUGUUGUCUGUCGUUGUUACGGAGGCGAUGUCACGUGCUCCAGGAUACCCUGUGAUGAAAAGUGCAGUCACCCUUACAAACCACCAAGACAAUGCUGUGGAGAAUGUGACCGCUGUUCCUAUAAUGGCGCAGUCCUCAUCAAUGGACAGUCCAUUCCUGACCCAGGAAACCCUUGCUAUGAAUGUAUUUGCCAGAGAGGCUCGGUGCAAUGUAGGAGGAAGCGGUGUCCUGAAGCCCUUUGUCCUAAUCCAGUCGCUGAUGCUUGUGGUUGCCCAGUCUGUGAAGGUUGUCGUUUUGAAGGUCUGACUUAUGCUGAUGGACAGAUUCUCCCUGAACAAGAAAAAGCGUGCGAGGACUGCAGAUGUUCAAGAGGUGAGGUAGUGUGUGAGCAAAGAAAAUGCCCUGCUGUGUCAUGCCCACAUCCAACUCUCAACAGCUGUGCAUGUGAAGUGUGUGAUGGAUGUAACUUCUAUGGACGCGACUGUUUGAGUGGGGAGCAAUUUGCACACCCUACAGAUAGCUGUCAGCGCUGCUCCUGUCAGAAUGGUGGUGUGGUAUGUGAGCAGGAAUCUUGUCCAAGCAUUACCUGUAGCAAUCCAGUGACGCGUCCUGGGGAAUGCUGCCCCGUCUGUGACUGCUGUCUCUAUGGGGAUGCUGUUUAUUCUAACGGCGAAAGCUUCAGGCCCCCAUCAAACCAAUGCCAGAGCUGCACCUGUGUCGCGGGCACUGUUGAAUGUGUGUCCGACGGCUGCCAAGAAGCACCCUGCGCUCAACACGUUUCCAUAUCAGAGCCGUGCUCAGUAUGUAUGCUGAAUGGACAGGAGUUCAGUGAUGGGCAGACGUGGACCCUGAGUUCAAACCACUGCUCCACCUGCAUCUGUAAGGCAGGUGAGGUGCAUUGUGCAGUUCCUGAGUGUCCUAAGCUUACUUGUGUGCAUCAGGUGACUGAUCCAGGAGCCUGCUGUCCUCAUUGUAGAGGUUGUGUUUAUGCGGGAGAGGAGCAUACAGAGGGCAGCAGCUGGUUUGCAGACUCAACUCCAUGUAUGACAUGUAUGUGCAUGGAUGGUGUGACCACCUGCUCUGAAGUACACUGUCUGUCUCCAUGUGUUAACUUCAUCAGUGUGCCUGGGGAGUGCUGCCCAAUGUGUGCUGACUGUGUAUUUGAGGGCAAAGUAUAUGGACCAGGGGACAGUUUCCAUCCAGCCAAUGACCCCUGUCAGAUCUGCACAUGUGAGGUGAUGCCGGAUGGAGAACAGCACCUGAAGUGUUACCGAAAGCAGUGUCCCAGUCUGGUUGACUGUCUUAAGAGCAACAUCUUGUUCUCUGGACCGGACUCCUGCUGUCCUGUCUGUGCACAGCCUCUCAGUAACUGUACCACUGCACUGAUUGGUAAUGAGGUGUUGGCAACAGAUGACCCGUGUUUUACCUGCCAGUGUAAGGACCUGACAUGGACUUGCUUACACAAAGUCUGCCCACUACUCACCUGUCCUCUAAAUGAGCAGUUCACCCCUCCAGACUCAUGCUGCCCAAUGUGCAAAGAUUGUGUAAUUGAGGAUCAGAACAGGCGUGUUGUGAACGGCACCAGCUGGAAAGACAGCAAAGAUGACUGUGUCACAUGCACCUGUUUUUUGGGCUACAUUGAGUGCAGCAUUGAAGAGUGUUUACCUGCCAUUUGUCUGGAAGGACAAAAGCAAGUGAAACUUCCUGGGAGAUGUUGCUAUGAAUGUCAAGACUCGGAGGUGUCGUGUUUGUACCAGGGGACAGUGUUUCACUCCAAUGAACACUGGGAGGUGGAUGAAUGCACCAGCUGUACAUGUUUGUCUGGAGACGUACACUGUCGCAGUGAACAACAGUACUGGUUCUGUGUUGGGGUUAAUGAUGUGCAGUACCUCCCCAAGAGUGUUCAUGCUACAAAUGAUGAUCGUGGACGUAAAGGAGUGUCCUGGAUUAAAGAGGUUACUGUGUUUUUGGGUGAUGUCACAGUGCAGCUACUGCAGGACUGGAUUGUGAAGGUGAAUGAUGAGGCUGUAACUUUGCCAUUUCUCAGGGAACCAUACAUCUAUAUUGAACGGCAAACCAACACAAUUUUGCUCAACACUAACAUUGGUCUGAAGGUGCUGUGGAGUCCUCGUUCACAUGUAGAAGUAAGUGUGCCAGGCUCCUAUAAGGGCCACACCUGUGGUCUUUGUGGAAACUUCAACAACUACUACCAGGAUGACCUCCGGAUGCCAAAUGGACGAAUCACCCUAUCUGAGUCUGAAUUUGGAAACAGCUGGAGGGUCACAAAUGGUACCCAUUUCCGCUCCUCCUGUCGUCCUGGCGAGAAUGUUGAUCCUUGUAAGGAUGCAGGCUACCAGGCCAAGAAGGGGGCCAACACUCGCUGUAAAAUCCUGAAGUCUGCCAUCUUUAAGCCCUGUCAUCCCGUGGUGCCUCCUGAACAGUGGUACGGAGCUUGUGUUUACGACCUCUGUGCUUGCGGUGCCAAUACUGAUGACUGUCUUUGUGACACGUUGGAGGCCUACGCGAGCCAGUGCAGAGCAGCAGGAGUCAUCGUGCAGUGGAGGAGCGCGUCUCUGUGUGACGUCCUCCUCUUGGUGGAUGUCAAGUAUGAUGUGGUCACUCAAUUGCUGUAUACAGAAAUGCUUCAGGAGCACCACACUAAGAGCAUCUGGGAGAUGAUGCCGCCAUGGCAACAGCAUCAGGAAGUAGAACAGUUGGAGGAUCGUGCAGAUGAAGCUUUGGCAUCUGUUGAUAUGCUCAGCUUAGCUGAGUUGCCAGGAGCUUUCAGGAUGUACAAGUAA